AUGCACGGCGUGGUUCGUUUCGAAGACCUCCCCGAUCUGGGCAUGCCAGCUUCCUCUCCAUCUGAUUACCCAAAGGUCAUUCGCGCCGGCAUCGAUGAAGAAGGGCAACACCGAAAGUCGCCACUGAUCACGGCCAAGGAUGGUAUCAUGAUGGUUCUACACCGUUUAGGUUAUCCCGAGCUUGUGAAACGCCUCUUAGAUGUCGAUGGCACCCGGGAUUUCGAGCUGUCUAUCGGUUUCAAGGAAGACUACUGGAAGGACUCCUACAUCCGACGCCACGGGAGACUCGUUGAGACAGGUCUCCUUACCAAAGACAAUCCCUUUCCUCUGCCAGGCAUCCGUUAUGUGAUUCAGGACGUGGACCCCACACUCCCGUACACUAUUGGUCCAUGGAAAGCGGAGAGCGCAACUUCCCUGUCCGACGAAAUCUGGAUCAGCAACGAUAAUCUGUUUCGCGCCCAAGGUGAAGCCAUAGCCAAAGCCUUCUGGUUCCAACGCCACUGGGACCAGGCGCUCACCUCGGUAUCUUGGACUGGCAUCGACGAUUCUACGCGCGCUGAUAUCAAGCGCUGGGAUGCCGAACGCAUGACCAGAAGGGAUGCCGAAAGGCGCAAGAGCUCUGAGGAAUCGAAAAGGAGAGAAGCGGCGUACGAAGCGUCAGCGUCAGGCCUUGACUUGCCGUUCAGUUUGGUGGCUAUGCAGAAGAACUAUGGUAGAUUAUUGCGAAGGUGCCGCGCCGAAUGUGGGGCAGAAGAGUGUACUCUCGAGUGCUCUAAGUGUAGGCUGACAAGAUACUGCUCCCCUGAAUGCCAACGUGAGGACUGGAAGUACCACAAGUCCAUCUGCGGUACCGAGGGCGGCGAUGACCCAGAUGGGUUCAUGCGUACGGCAUACAACAGCAAGUGGGACUUCGAGUCUCAAGAACUUUAA